AUGCGUGCAGAGGCCAGUGUUCCUACCAUACACAAGUCCCUCCGUGCUGAACUGGGAGCAUUGUCAGCAUCGAAGCUAAGGAUGAUGCAGGCACAACCGACUAUGAUCCAACCACAUGAUCCGCCGGCAAUGGAAGUUGAUACCCUCCUCCCAGAGGCCACUUUUUCCUUGACAGAUGACCCUAUACCUGACGAGCGUCUUCUAACGGCCAAUGAUCCUGUGGCAUCUAUGUCACCACACUCAAACAAUCCCGCGCUUGGCAAACACAUACAGCGUCCCAGUGCUAAAGUGUGCAAGGCAAUAUCUGAUGCCUUGCCUGAAGGCCCUGGUCCAUUGGUCACUCCAAGUAUGUGUGGUGAUGCUGAGCCUUCUCACUCCCAUGCUCUUCCACUCCGUGUUCAUCUUUUGGUGACUGAAACCUUUCGCACCCUCAUGAAUUCCUUUGGCCUCACUCGUGAAUAUUGUGGCCGCCCUUCUCGAGUUCCUGACCUCGACAUUGAUUUUGAGCAGCUGCAUGGGGACUCUGCACAAACAUCCAGCAAUCAGAGACCCAAAGCCAUUGAAGAAAUCAUAUAUCCGUACCCCAACAUCAGCUCAUUCCUGCUUAACCGCUGGUUCUGGAACCGCAGUGCCAAAAAAUCGAAGGCAGACUGA